AUGAUUAUUAUCCUAAAUAAAUUGAAGAUUAAAAAGUUUUAUGCUUAGUUAUUGUAGAAAGUCAACGAAGCACAUGAAGUUCAUGUCAAUCUUACAGAAUUAAAAAAAAGCUGUGAUUCGAUGAAGAUAACUGGAAAUAGGAAGGAAAAGGAUAUUGAGAAUAUGAGAAAGGAAAUUGAUUAAAUGACAAUCCAGGUUGAUCAAUAUAAUUCUACUUAAAAUAACUUAUUAGCAAAAGAGAAGGAAUUACAGCAAAAAUUAGAAGGCUAACAUAAACUGUUAAGUGAGAGUUAAUAUGAUAGGAAAAUCUUUGAACAUACGCUAAAUAGAAUGAAAAAAGAUCAAUUAAUUUAUUAACUUAGAGCAAAUUAAUAUGAAAGACAUUUACAAUUGGCUCUUUAAUAAUAUCAUAGCAGCACUUAUAAAACAUAACAAAUUCAGGAAAUAUAUAGUAAGACCUUAAUGGCUCUUAAAGAUGUCACUGAAGGGAUCUAAUAACAAAAUAAGAAUAGAGAGAAGAAUUUGCAAAGAUUUAAGGACGAUUUAAGAUAAAGAUAAGACAUAGAAUAAAAAAGAGAUGAUAGAAUAAAAAGGUAAUAAGAAAUAGCUGAAGUGGCUGCAAAGGAUAUUAAAGAUAGUGCACUUAAAAAAUGGAGGAAGUUGCUUUUGGUACAUAAAUUUCUCAAUUCAUUUUUAAAAAACAAAAUGCAAAGAGGAAUCGCUUAAUAUCAAAAUUUAGAAAUGACAUUUUAAAAAAUUAAAGCAUCUACAGGCAUUACUGACGCAAAUGAUAUUGUUUAAAAGUUUUUGGGUAGAGAAUAAACUUAUGCACAUCUUUUAAUUUCAAUAUCUGAUUAUGAAAAGAAAAUUAAUGCAUUAAAAAAUGAAAAUUAAGAGCUCCAAACUUAAUAUUCAAAUUUAAAACAAUAAUAUACAGAUAUGGAUAAAGAAUUUUAAGUUGAAACUUAUAGAUAGAAGGAAGAUUUAUUCGAAUAAGAUAAAUUAGUUCAAGAAGUAGAAGAAAAAGCUACUGUGGCCGGCCUAUUAGAGAACAAACUUAGAAAUUGGAUGUCUCGAGGAUUGAAAAAGCUUGGGUUAUAAAAAAAUUAAGGAUUUCAAGCCAUCAUUGAUUCAGUAAGAGAAAAAUUGGUAAAUCUGUCUACAAAAGAUUAAUAAGAUUUAUUAAAUAAAUCAAUGCUAAAUGCAGUUUCUGAUAUUAAAGAUUAAGAAUUCUUAAAAAGAAAUGUUAGAGUCAAACCAAAGAAAUAACUCACUUAAUCUCAUACUAAUCAUUCUAUGGAUUAAUCUUCAAUUAAAGAUGACGAAGAUAUGUUUGAUGAAUUACCAAUAAAGGAAGAUGAAGAAGAUGAAUUGGAAGAAGAAAAGUUGAUAGAAUAAUUAAGAGAGGAAAUUAAAGUUAAAAACCAUAAAAAAUGA